GGGGACCGCGGGAAGCAGAGCAGUGCAGCCCGCCACCAUGAUGAAGCUGCUGGUGGCCAAGAUCCUCUGCAUGGUGGGGGUGUUCUUCUUCAUGCUGCUCGGCUCCCUGCUCCCCGUGAAGCUCAUCGAGACGGACUUUGAGAAGGCCCACCGCUCCAAAAAGACCCUGGCCCUCUGCAACUCCUUCGGUGGGGGCGUCUUCCUGGCCACGUGCUUCAACGCCUUGCUGCCCGCCGUGAGGGAAAAGCUCCAGAAGGUCCUGAGCCUCGGCCACAUCAGCACCGACUACCCACUGACUGAGACCAUCAUGAUGCUGGGCUUCUUCAUGACAGUCUUCCUGGAGCAGCUCAUCCUGACGUUCCGCAAGGAGAAGCCGUCCUUCAUUGACCUGGAGACCUUCAACGCCGGCUCAGACGCGGGCAGCGACUCUGAAUACGAGAGCCCCUUCAUGGGCAGCGGGCGUGGGCACGCGCUCUACGCAGAGCCCACCCCGCACGCCCACAGCCACGGCCUGAGCGUCCAGGAGCUGUCGCGCUCCAGCCCAUUGCGCCUGCUUAGCUUGGUCUUCGCGCUCUCAGCCCACUCCAUCUUUGAGGGGCUGGCGCUGGGCCUGCAAGAGGAGGGCGAGAAAGUGGUCAGCCUCUUCGUGGGCGUGGCCAUCCAUGAAACGCUGGUGGCCGUGGCCUUGGGCAUCAGCAUGGCCCGGAGCGCCAUGCCGCUGCGGGAUGCGGCCAAGUUGGCCGUCACAGUGAGCGCCAUGAUCCCACUGGGUAUCGGCGUCGGCCUGGGCAUCGAGAGCGCCCAAGGCAUGGCCAGCAGUAUAGCCUCGGUGCUGCUGCAAGGCCUGGCGGGCGGCACCUUCCUCUUCGUCACCUUCUUGGAGAUCCUGGCUAAGGAGCUCGAGGAGAAGAGUGACCGGCUCCUCAAGGUGCUCUUUCUGGUGUUGGGCUACGCCGUCCUGGCCGCCAUGGUCCUCCUCAAGUGGUGAGUGUCCU